AGCAUCCAGCUCAAGCGGGCCUACGAGGCGGCCACCCCCGGCGACGGCCGCAGGGUGCUGGUGGAUGCCCUGUGGCCUCGAGGCAUCAAGAAGGAGGCGCUGCCCCUGCAGACCUGGAGCAAGGGCGUGGCACCCAGCACGGAGCUUCGCAAGUGGUUUCACGCCCAUGCCGACGAGUGGCAGCAGUUCCGGCAGCGCUACUGGGUGGAGCUGGAGGCGGAGGCCUGGCAGCCGCUGGUAGAGGAUGCGCGCGGGGCAAAGCUGACUCUGGUUUACGGUGCCAAGGUCACACAGCACGACAAUGCGGUGGCACUGCAACAGUACCUGCAGCGCAAGCUGGCUGCGGCUGCG